AAAUUUCGCGACGGGCGGCUGUUUAUGUUCUGCAUGCAAGUUUCUCAACGCCUGAAUCAAAAAGAGUAGGAAAAAAAAUAGUGACGAAACUGCAGGCCAACUUCUUCGCCAAUCGCAGCAAACCUUAGCCGCCUACUGUUUUUCUCUUGCCACAAGAGUUUGUCGCCAGCUGAAAAAGGGUUACGUCCCAAAAUAAGGUCUUGCGAAACUUUGAUUUGACAAACCCGCAACUCAAAGGUCAUCCAGGGACGGGAUUUGCAGCAGCAGUGUUUUGAUUCCGAAGCACACACACACACCCCCACACACAAACAGACGAAGGAGGAGCAUGGCCGAGACGCCGGAAGUGGUGGUGGCUGCGCCGAAGGCGGAAGUGGCAGACGAACGGUACUGUUGGGUCUGCUUCGCCACGGAUGAGGACGACAAGCUGGCGCCGUGGGUUCAGCCGUGCAACUGUAGGGGAGCUACCAAGUGGGUCCACCAGAGCUGUCUGCAGCGUUGGGUAGACGAGAAGCAGAAGGGCAACACGUUCAAGCGGGUCAGCUGUCCGCAGUGCCAGAGCGAGUACAUUAUCGUGCUGCCCUCGAUGGGAACGCUGGCGAAUGUGCUGGAAGGGAUCGACACUAUGAUCAAGCGGAUUAGUCCGUUCUUGACGGCUGGGGUGAUCGUGGGGUCGUUCUACUGGAUGGCCGUCACGUACGGCGCUGUGACCGUCCUGCAGACGGUCGGGUACGAAGAAGGUUUGGCUCUGAUGGAGCGAGCUGAGCCGAUCGUGUUGCUGAUCGGACUUCCGGCCAUUCCGGUGGGCUUGAUCUUGGGACGCAUGAUCCGAUGGGAAGAGUUUGUGCUGCGUUUCCUGCAGACCAAAUCGUUCAGCGUUCGCAAGUUCCCGAUGCUGAACCUGCUGCUACCGAUCGCGUCGCUCGAGGAUGACCCCGCGUACGGUUCCAGCAGCGGAGGCAACGGCGGAGAGUCUUCGCCUCAGCAGCCUCCCACCAAUGGACUACCACCCGGCACGGUCGUCAGCUCGGAUCCGGUCUCGGCCACCCGGGUCCUGUGCGGAGCGCUGCUCCUGCCCACGGUCUCGUCCGUCGUGGGGCGAGUCUUCUUCGACUCGAUUCAGAACAACUUCCAGCGCGUCCUGGUCGGCGGGUUCGCCUUCGUCGCCAUCAAGGGAGCGCUCAAGAUCUACUACCGACAGAAGCAGUACAACCGCAAGAAACAGCGCCGGAUUUUGGACUUUACGCCGGAAAACAUACGAAAGUACACCGCCGCGAGCAGUGGACCCCAGCGAGCGGACCAGAACGCAGGACAGCCGAGGGUCUAGGCAUGAGGAGGGGGAGGAGGACGCCGUAAGCACAAGAGUAGAAAGUCUAUUUUUUAUGCAAACUUUUUUAGCCGUUGCCGUCGUCGGAGGUUGCCAAAGAGAGACCACCUGGCGGGUUUGUGAGCCGAAUGGAAGUUGGAAAGUUGUCGUGUUUGAUGUUGACGGGGACGGAGAUAUUUAGAAUUUCUAAAGACUACUGUUAAAUGUUCACUAUACCUAUAUCACUGUUUUCUGUAAAUAAAAUUAUUGGUUUUAAUCCUAAAUAGGAGAAAAUUUGGUAGAGAAAUUCCCUGUCUUCAAAUGAUUCAAAACUUGGAUGUCAUGAUGGAGUUUCCCAAAAUAGUCGCAGACAAAUUUUGCUGUGCAAAAACGGCCUUAUCAAUCGAUAAACAAUUAUCACGUCGUCGUGGGCAAUAUUGGUCGCACCUAAACACUAUUGCAUCCAGCCAAUUGCCUCUUAUCUCCAACAUCCUCGUCGCGGGCUGUAUUUGUGCAUCCUCCCUGAUAAAACCACGCGCGUCCGAAACCCUUAUCUAUAUGGGGGGCCCCCGAACGACCGCGUCCAGAACCUGCCCAAUCAUAACAAUCAAUUCGUGACCAACUGCGCUACCUGAAGCACACACAUCCAGAAUGACGCUGCGCGAAAAUAACCACGAACCGUCCACCACGAGUCUCCAGCGCAAGUACUCCGUGUCCCAGUCGGGCAAGUUCAAGUCACGGCCCAAGAUACGACCCUCGCUCGGGGAUGUGUUCCGGCCGGAAGUGAGCGGCGGAUCGGAGAAUCAGUACGGCGCGAUCACCCCGGACGACGCCAAUUGCAGUGGUCGAGGACAGCUUGAGGUGACCACUACUAGCAACUCAAAUCAGUCUGGAACCGCAACAAUUACGCAGCAGAGCUCUCGAGGGGUCUACGAGACGGCACUUUGAUGACCUCCGACCAGGAUCUCCGACCGGCGUAGAACGGCGUUAUCUGUGAUGUAAUGCAACAAAGUGUGCGUGUGUGAUGUUAGCCUGUAAGCUUCGUAGCAAUAUUUGUGGACGGACACUUGAAGUCGCUGUGUACCGUUGCCUUUCUGUUGGUAAAUAUACGCGAGUAUCAACUUGAA